GAUGCAGCUGCUGGCGGAUGUCUUCAACCCAGACAAGGCAGAGGCCCGGCCGCACACAGUCGUCUUGCACGGGAAGCCUGGCAUCGGGAAGUCGGCCUUGGCUCACCGGCUCAUGCUGAGCUGGGCAGAGGGGCAGAUCUACCAGGGCCUGUUCUCCUAUGCCUUCUUCCUCGACGCUGAUGACACAUCCUGGAGCGAGGAGAGCAGCUUCGGGGAGCUGAUUGCCAGAGAGUGGCCGACCCCAGAGGCGCCAGUGUCUGAGAUCUUGUCCCGCCCUGAGAAGCUCCUGUUCAUCCUGGACGGCUUUGAGCUGAGCCCUGGCCUCGGGCCGAACGAGGAAAAGCAGUGCAGAAACUGGACGGAGAGGCAGCCCGGGAUGGUCUUGGUGCACAGCCUGCUCCGGCAAGUCCUGCUCCCGGGAUGCUUCCUGGUGGUCACCAUACGGAACGCAGACCUAGCCAAGCUGCAGCCGCUGGCCACGGCGCCACUCUACCUGGCCAUGAGCGGCCUCUCGGUGCAGAGGCGGAUCCAGCUGCUCCAGGAGCACGUCCCCAACGAGCAGGGCAAGAUGCAGGUCCUGCACUCCGUGAUGGACAACCACCAGCUCUUCGACCAGUGCCAGGUCUCCACCGUGUGCCUGCUGGUCUGCAGGGCACUGGAGCUGCAGGAGGCGACCGGCAACAGUGCAGGGGCACCUGGGUGCCAGACCCUUACGGCCUUGUACGCAGCCUUCGUGUUCCACCAGCUGGCCCCGGAAGGCGUCCUGCAGCACUGCCUGGGCCGCCCGGAGCGGGCCAUGCUGCUAGGCCUGUGCCGCCUGGCCGCCGAGAGCGUGUGGGCAAAGAGGUCGGUGUUCCAUGCAGAGGAGCUGCGGGCUCUGGGGCUGAGCGAUGAGGAGCUCUCGGCACCUCCCCUCAUGAGCGUCCUCCUCCCGGCCAACCGCAACCAUGCGGAGGAGCGCUAUGCCUUCCUGCACCUCAGCCUCCGGGACUUCUUUGCCGCCCUGUACUACGUGCUGGAGGCGCUGGCGCCUCGGAAGUCUUCCUGCUCCCUGCUCCCUGCAAUCCCCUGGCACUGGAAGGAGCUCCGGCAGACCGUCGUCCCCACCCACUUGGGAGGCAUGAAGCGCUUCCUGUUCGGCCUCAUGAGCCAGGAGGUGCUGAGGGCCCUGGAGGUUCUGCUGGGGUGUGCGGUCCCCCAAGGGACGGCAAGACAAGAACUGACAAGCUGGAUCUCCCUCCUGGGGCUGCAGGCCGGCACCCUGGCCCCCGAGAGCGCCAUGGAGUCCUUCUACUGUCUGUUUGAGACCCAAGAUAAAGAAUUUGUGCUCCUGGCCUUGGACAGUUUCCAGGACCUGUGGCUGCGGGUCAGCCAGAAGAUGGACCUGAUCGUGUCGUCCUUCUGUCUGCAGUGCUGCCGCCACCUGCGGAAAAUCCGGGUGGAUGUCAGAGACCUCUUCCUGAAGGAGGAGAUCCCCACGUGGCCCCGGAUUCCCCAGUGGAUGCAAUGCAAGACCAUCGUUGAUGAGUGGUGGGAGAAUUUCUGCUCUGUGCUGGCUACCCACCCUCAGCUGCAGCAGCUGGACCUGGGCCACAGUAUCCUGAACGAAUGGGCCAUGAAGAUGCUCUGUGCCAAGCUGAGGCACCCAACCUGUAAAAUACAACGUCUGAUAUUGAAGGGCGCCCAGGUAUCGGCUGGUCUCCAUCACCUCUGGGCGACUCUGGUCACAAACCAUAACCUAAAGCACCUCGACCUGGGAGGCACACACCUGCAGGAGCAAGAUGUGAAGAUGGCCUGCGAGGCGCUGAAGCACCCAAACAGCGUCCUGGAGUCGCUAAGGCUGGACUUCUGCGGGCUGAACCAGUCCUGCUACCUGAUGAUCUCCCAGGUCCUUCACAAGUCCACCAGCCUGAAAAUUUUGGGCAUGGCCGGAAACAAGGUGACUGACUGGGGCCUGAAAGUGCUGUGUGACGCCCUGCGGCCCUCCUGGUGCGCACUGCGAAGACUAACGCUGGAGGACUGUGGCCUCAUGGCCACCAGCUGCCAUAUCCUGGCCUUGGCCCUCACCAACAACCGGAGCUUGACACACCUGUGCCUGUCACGAAACCCCCUGGACCCUGAGGGCCUGAGUCCACUGUGCCGUGCCAUCCCAGAUUCAAGUCUGCAGAGGCUGGUGCUGAACCAUUGUGGCCUGGAUAUUGCUGGCUGUGGCUACCUUGUGUUCGCGCUCAGGGACAACAAGCAGCUGACGCACCUGAGCCUCAGCCAGAACCCCUUGGGAGACAGUGGAAUUAAGCUGUUGUAUGAGGCCAUGCGCGAGCUGUCUUGCCACCUGCAGGACCUGGAGGUGGCAGGCUGCCAGCUCACCGCGGCUUGCUGCGAGAGCCUGUCCCACAUGAUCAUGAGGAGCAAACACCUGAAGAGCCUGGAUCUCGGCAGCAACGCCCUGGGGGACAGUGGGGUGGCAGCGCUGUGCGAGGGGCUGAAGCAACGGAGCAGCGCCCUGCAGAGACUCGGCUUGGAGGCCUGCGAGCUGACUUCGGACUGCUGCAAGACCCUGGUGCUGGCCCUGUCGCACAACCAGCAGCUGAUGAGCCUCAAUCUGGCGCAGAACCACUUCUGCCCCCAGGGAGUGAAGAAACUCUGCUCGGCCUUCACCUGCCCCACGUCCAAGCUGCGGGUCAUCGGGCUGUGCAAGGAGCAAUACCCUGAGGAGACGCGAAAGCUGCUGGAGGGGGUCCAGCUUGCCAAGCCCCACGUAGUCAUAGAUGGGGACUGGUACUCCCAUGACGAGGAAGACCAGCACUGGUGGAGAAGCUGAAGCCCUUAGCAUGCAUGUGCACACACUCCCGCCCCCAGCCCGCCCCUUCCUCCCCAGCACCCUGAAACGGUCUCCUCCCGGCGAGUCAUGCUGGAAGUGGAAAUGGAGCCAAGGCCUGUGCCAUGCUCAGUGGCGGAAGCAGAACUUGGGAGCCGCCAUUGAAGGCCACAGGCUUCAAGUCACA